UAUAUGUAUUCUCGAUAAUAUGCAUUCUGAUUAAGAUAAAAGACACACCAAGUAGCCUUCCCAUAUUUAUGAAAUCUAUUCGGAACUAGUUUUAGGUUUACCAGUUUAUUUGGGGCGUUGUUUAUGUGUAACAGAUAAGUCAACAAGACCAAAGCAUGUCAUAUAAAGUCUGUGAAGCGAAUGUUAAAUGAACACUACUGUUUUUUUCAUGCAAAUGUACGCGAAAUGUCCCACUUUAGAAAUAUUACUAAUUUAUGAUAUACCAGAAUAUUUAUCUCAGAUCAGUAUUCUUCCACCCCGACGUUUCACAUGUUCAACACAUAAGGUGGCGGCAUUGCAUCGAAUUGGUCACGUCUCGGGCUUGCAGUAUAGCGCAUGCGUAAAAAGAUAACGUAUCCAAAGUCCUUGUUUAUAGAGAGUAUAGAGGGUGUAUUCUUUCCCGAUUGUUAGGAAAUGCAGUCGGGGUAUAGUUCCCUGUACGAGUAUUUUGUUUAUUGAAUAUUUUAGAAGAUAUUUUAAUGAUCUGCUGUGGAGUUGAUGCCAUUCUUUGUAAUGCUAGUAUGAAGGCUGUUAUCCUGGCUGCAGGGUACGGGACAAGGCUACAGAGAGACAUUGAAAAUGAUACAACUGGGAAGUUCCAGCAUCUCAUUGGCAUCCCCAAGCCUCUGCUUCCAAUCGGACACGCUGCUUUAAUAUCACACUGGAUUAAAGCUUUAAAUGAGUCUGGCUGUGUGGACGCCAUCGUGGUCGUUACUAACAGCCUUUACUAUAACACAUUUGAGGACUGGAGAGGGAAUUUUCCAAAUGUCAAGAUCCUCAGUGAUGGGACUGAAAACAACGAGGAACGUCUUGGCGCCGUUUCCUGCCUUCAACUCGCGAUCAAGCAUUUCAAAAUAGAAGACGACGUUUUAGUUAUAGGAGGGGACACUUUGUUCAAGGAGGACUUCAGUAUUUUAGAGGUCACUACCAAGUUUAAAAGGCUGAAGGCGAGAUGCAGUGACAGUAAUCUGGUGCUUUCAUAUCCAUGCAGAGACGAUGAAACCACCAAAUAUGGCAUUCUGGAGCUGGAUGGAGACCAGCGGGUUUGUCAUAUGAAGGAGAAGCCGCUCCCGUCCCAGACUAAGUCGCGCAGAGCCUGUCCCUGCUUCUAUUUGUUCUCGAAGACCAGCAUUCCCCUUUUGGACGUGUUCCUUCACGAAAAGGAGAUGGCACCUAUUGAAGAAAAAGACGCCCCGGGGAACUUUCUGUCAUGGCUAUUAUUAAGGAAACCCGUCUUGGUCCAUCAUAUUUCUGGCCGCUUCGACGUGGGAAACUUGUCAUCCUACAUAGAGUGCGACACCUUUUUCAGAGAGAAGCUUUCUCACGUUAAGUCAUACAUGAAGUAGUGCCGUCACAUAGAGCAGGCGUGAUACUGAGGUAGUACACAGAUCACUACAAGCUUCGCAGUUGAGCAAGAUGGACAGACUUUGUGCCUCUUUUACACUAACCUACAAAGUGGCGAUGCUGAACUGUUCGUGCUGCGUUUCUUUAAAUGAUUGUACACGAUUUUAAAAU